CACUUAGUGUAAUCGUAUUUUUCAUGAAAUGGAUAUCCAUUUCAUGAACAACGAUCAUAUCGUGUAAGUCAAAUUUUAGUUCAUGAAAUGGACAUAUAUUUUAUCCAUUUCAUGAAAUGGAAACUCUUAUUUUACACUUUGUGUAAUAUUUUUAAUUAAUUACAUCAAUAGGUAACUUUUUGUGAAAUCGAAAUAAUAACAUUGAUACGAGUACACGAAUCUAGUAUCUUUAAAUUGUAAGCAUUAAGAUACUAAAUAGGUAUUGUAGAACUUACUGUACUAUACUAAUAAGUAAUAUGUUAUCGACACCUGUUAUCGAUAAAUAAUCGCAUCAAUUGUAUGAGUGUAAUAGCACUCUGGAAAGUUUUUAUUUUUAUUUUUAUAUAGUACGUUCUCUGACUUGAUGCGAGCCGUAUAUUAACGUUCAUUACAAGGAAUACAAUUUAUAAAAUGGAAUUUGAUUCAUUUGCUGAAUAUUAUGAAAAAUUAAAUGCCUACUAUGUAGGCAAACCCGGGAAAAAACCACCCACCAAAAAUGAGGUUCAAUUAAUAAUUGAAGAAAUAUUAGCGGCCAAAAUAAAAAUUGGUAAAAAAGAGAGGCGAGAUUAUUAUCUUAUCAAAACAUAUGAUGUCCUGUGCGUUACAGAUCAAAAGUUUUUGAUUUAUAAAAAAACUGAUGAAGAUGAAGACAUAAGGUACGUUGUACCAUACGAAGAGUUGUACGAUCGUAUUAAGGAUUUUCACAUUAAAACGGGACAUGGUGGAAUUGUUAAAUUACGUAUGUCAAUGGGUCAUAAAUACAAAAUUCCAAGACCAGCAAUAGAAAAGUUUUUGUCUGUAUGUGCAAUAUGUAAUUCCAAGCAAGGAGCAAAUCGGAAACUAGUUAUCAAACCAAUUGUAACUAAAGAUUUCAAUGAAAGAGGCCAAGUCGAUUUAGUCGAUUUCCAGUCAACACCUGAUGGUAAAUAUAAAUGGAUCAUGAAUUAUCAGGACCACAAUACAAAAUUUUUAUUAUUGCAUCCUCUUGAAAGCAAACGAGCUAUAGAAGUGGCAAACAAAUUACUCACUAUUUUUCUUACAUUUGGAGCCCCUAAAAUACUUCAGAGUGAUAAUGGACGAGAAUUUGUUAACUCCAUUAUUAAGGAAUUAAAGGAUCUGUGGCCACAAUGUACGAUAGUCCACGGCCGACCACGUCAUCCCCAAAGUCAGGGAAGUGUUGAAAGAAGUAAUCAAGACAUUGAGAAUAUGAUUCGUGCUUGGAUGAAGGAUAACCAAUCUAAAAAAUGGUCGGUUGGAUUACAAUUUGUACAGUUUCAAAAAAAUUCGUCUUUCCAUCGAAUAAUAGGACGAUCGCCGUAUAAAGCAUUAUUUGGAUGUGACCCGAAAAUUGGAUUGUCAUCAUCAAAUAUUCCAUCAGAAAUAAUAAAAAAACUAACCACUGAAGAACAUCUUGAAGAAAUUUUAAAUAAUAUUCAACCAGAACAUGAAAAAGAACAGAUUACAUCAUAUUGUAGUAUUUGUAAUACAGAAAUGUUAACUGAGGUCGAAUUUGCCGGAACUAUUAUUUGUGAUUUAUGUAAAACUAGUGAAAAAAUAAACAAACAACGUCAACUUGGAUAUCAAGGACAAGAAAAAGCAGCUGAAAUCAUGUUAAAGGUCAGCCAAACAAGGGUUCCUGAUUUACAAAUUGGUGAUUGCGUCUUAAUAACAGUACCUAAAGUAGAUCGAGGACCGUCAGAUCCUGCCAAUGUAAUUGCAGUUAUUGUCAAUCAGAACGAACAUAAACUGCACCAACUCGGAACUCAGUAUGGCUUAGUAAAAGGGUGGUACAAUUCAGCAAGUUUAAAACCCGCGACAUCUAAUUUUUUAAAAAUUACCGAAGUUAAUAAUGAUAAAGAACUUACAUUACGGGAAACCGUUUCUCAUAUUUCUGGGGGACAAGGUUUUUUAAGUUGCAUUUGUAAACGCCAAUGUGAAUCAAAACGUUGUGCUUGUUUUAAAGCUUCGGUAAAAUGUAACAGUCGUUGCCAUAGCUCUAGUAUUUGUAAAAAUAAGUAAUAAUUUAUUAUUUAUAUAAAUAAU